CAAAUUAUCGGGAGAAAAAAGGAGAGGAAAAAAACCUGAUUAGUUUCCUCUUGCAUGCCAUUACGCUGUGCAGCAACUUUUCGGAAGUGGCAGAAAAAACCAGAAAUUUAAUCGGAAUACGUCCAAACAGUUCCGAAUGCAAUAACGACUUCAGGCGGUUCGCGUGUUGACCUGGUCAAGAGCGAGACUCACAAAUUUGUGCGCCUCGCGAUCAUGCAACUUCGUGGUUUUUUUUAAUAAUUAAUUCAACAAAAUUUUAAUUAAAAUACAUUUUAGUCAUUUUAAAUAGAAAAAGUGUGCCCAACUCUUGGACUUUUUAGGGAAUAUCAGGUCACUGAAUGUUAGGACGAGAUGUUGGACGUGACAUUUUGCCUAUUAAUUACUUUAUUGCUAACAAUUAUCACAAGAUCUAUUAUUGAACGAUCGAGAAACAGAAAGAUACAUGCGUUCAUGAAGACAGUGUCUGGACCAAUGACGAUACCUUUUGUCGGGAGUGCUUAUGUUCUAGCUGGAAUCAAUCGACUUAAUUUGUUCCGGGUGAUUAGAAACUUGGACGUUAUGUAUCCGGGAUCUAAAGGAUUUUGGAUUUUUGGCGAUCCAUACUUGAUAACAAGUGACCCAUCAAUUUUCAAGGCAGUUUUGGGAAGCUCGCAGAAUAUCAACAAAACGCGGGAUUACGAAUAUUUUCAGAAGCAUUGCCAUGGGAUAUUCACAACGAAUGGAACCGCAUGGCGUAACAUGAGGAAAACAAUCAAUCCCGCCUUUCGAACCAAAGUGCUUGAGUCUUUUGGAGAAAACUUCAAAUUCCAUACUGAAAAUUUCCUUAAAAUUCUACGGAAAUAUUCCAGCAGUGAGGAUAAUUUCGACUUGUUUACGACAGUUCAUUCCUGCACCAUCGAUUUAAUUUGCGAGAACAUGCUAGGAUACUGUUUGGAUGUUCAAAAGAAAGGACUCAUCCAUUAUUCGACGAAUUUACAAAGGUCUACCGAAAUGAUUUUUGAGAGAUCAUUUAGUUUCCCCUUAUGGUCAAGGCUCAUUUAUGUUGCUCUGGGCAAGAUGGAGGAAUUAGAUGCGGCGGUAAAACCAAUGCAAGAUAUUUGUCGAAAGAUUGUUAAUGAGCGCUUGAAACAGAAAUUGGAUUCACAGAGUGAAAACGCGGACAAGACAGAGAGUGUUAGGAAUUUCAUGGAAAUCAUGUUAGAGAAUAUUCAGUCUGGGGCUGUCACUCAGGAUCAAGCGGUUGAGGAGGCUAUUGAAAUCUUUUUGUCCGGUUCUACGACAACCGCUGGAAUUAUGUCGUGGGUGUUCCAGACGUUAGCGAUGUGGCCAGAGAUUCAGCGUAGAGUGCAUCAAGAAAUCGUAGAAAACUGCAACGGUGAUGAAGUCACUACAAACGAUCUCUCGAAACUGGUCUAUUUAGAAAUGGUCAUUAAAGAAACUCUUCGACAUUACACAGCUCCAUUCAUAGCGCGGCAUAUAGACGAGGACCUCAAAGUUAAUGAAGAAACGACCAUUCCGGCGGGGAUGAACGUUUUGUUAGUGACCUUUUCCAUGCACCAUGAUCCAAAUUAUUGGGAAAGACCUGGGGAUUUCUAUCCAGAACAUUUUUCGGCUAAGAAUGAAUCAGCGAGACAAAAAGGCGUUUUCCUACCUUUGUCCGGUGGCCCAAGAAUCUGUGUUGGAAACAAAUACGCCAUGAUAUCAAUGAAGUAUCUCAUAGCAAAUACUCUCCUUCAUUACGAGUUCCGUUCCGAUCGGAAACCACCCGCAGAUAUCCGAGAAGAUGACUUCCGUAUUGUAUUUGUCCUGUGUCCGACACACGGGUUCUCGGUCACAGUCACGGACAGGAAUCUCAGAAAAUGCAGUAAAACUGACAGUGUGAUCCCAAGUCUACAGCAGAGCACCGUGAAACAUCAGGAAGGUCACAUCAUCAGCGAAUUUAUAAGACUAAUGGGACCUAAAGAUAGGGUACUGCGAUAGCUUGAGUCCCUCAUAUAGUGAAUCCAUGGCCAAAUGUGGAAUCGCGUAUCCCCGUUUGCGACUUUGGAGACUUCCAAGCAUGCUUUCUUUUUUUUUAGGAAAACACACGCAUCCAGCUAAGUGACAUCAUGACAGUACCAGCACCGCUUAGAGUUUCUAAUGUUUAUUUAUCAAUAAUUUAUACAACAUGUAAUUUAUUCAUAAAAUGGAAAGUUUUUAAUAAUA